AUGAUGGCUGACACUUCAGGGUUAUCACCCGGCGUCGGGCCCAACGCUAUUGCCGGAGGAGCUACCGAUAUACCCCCGGACCUUGCAAUACUACUACAGAAAUUGGAUGAGGACUUUUUGGUCAACAAGACCAUCGACCAGUGGAGUUACAUCAACAGGCGCGAGGCCAUCUUGCAAUCAAUAGACAAACUCCACAAACAGCAAAACCAGGAAUAUUUCCCGCUAGAUCCUUCAAAGUUGGAACUACCGUUGAAGGCACGGAAGCCCCCCACCACAACCCCCGACGGCAAAGUCACCGAUGAUUUGAUCGACAUUUUGGCGUGCAGGGCCAACAUCUACAAGUCGGACUUGGCCUUUGUGGUCUUGGAUGCGAGAGGAAAAGAGGUCAGUUCCAUAAGCUGGGAGAAGAUCUACCUUCGCGCUGUCAAGAUUGCUUAUGAGAUCCAGCACAAGGUGUCCAUGAAGAACAAUGACACCGUUGUUUUGCUUUACAAGGACGGAGAAGUUGCCGAGUUUGUCACCGCGUUGUUUGGAUGCUUUAUAGCCGGAGUUACCGCGAUUCCGAUACAUCAAGACAUUUCGUUGAAUGAGGUCAUCAGCAUCUUGAACUUGACGUCAUCCAAGCUUUUGCUUUACUCCGAGACGGUGGCGAAGGAGCUAGAAAGACUCAAUGCGCAAAGCCUGCGCAUCCAGUGGCCCUCAAAACUCAUACGGUGGCGCACAACGGACCUUGGCUCUGCCAAAAAAUCCGAAAUCUCGUAUUGGAACAUGAAGCGGCUGCAAAAGAGCAGCGACAAAACCUCCAGCAUGCAUCUCGCGUACAUAGAAUUCUCAAGGUCACCGGUGGGAGAGUUGCGGGGAAUUGCGUUGAGCCACAGAACCAUUUCCCACCAAAUGUACUGUCUUGAAGCAGCGCUUCUGAGUUUGCCGAAUUCGGGAGGCGGCUUGCGCCGAAGCUUUCGCGAGUACCGCGGUAGCAAGAAGGUUUUCCUCGCCACCUUGGAUGUUCGGUUCUCAAUAGGACUCAUCUUGGGGGUCUUGUUCACGGUUUAUACUGGAAACGCUCUCUUUUGGGCGCCCCAGCGAGUUAUGGAAAUACAAGGGUUGUACGCAAAUAUAAUCACCAAGUGUCGAGCGUCGCUUUUGCUUACCGACUACUUGGGUUUGAAGAGGGUGACCUAUGAUUACCAGCAGUCUCCGAGUGCCACGCGGUACUUUUCCAAAACGCAACGAGUGGAUUUUUCGUCUGUCAAGUGGGCGUUGGUAAACGCUUUGACGAUUGACGGGGAGUUUAUGGAGAUAUUGUCGCAGCGGUACCUUCGUCCCUUGGGCUGCCAGCACCCAGAGAAUGCCAUUAUCCCGAUGUUGACCUUGAGCGAGUACGGAGGAAUGGUGAUCUCGUUGCGGGACUGGAUUGGACUAAAAGAGCGACUAGGGAUCACGUUCACAGAGGAGGACUCAAACGAGCUUUCGUCGGUAUUGAUUGACAAGGAGGCUCUCAGCCGGAACCUUGUCAAGAUUGUUGAAACCAACCCGUCGACCUCGGAUGACAUUGCGAGCGACCUUUUGCGCGUGGAUGCGUUUGGAUACCCACUCCCUGACGCCACUUUGGCUGUUGUCAACCCCGAGCUGUCGACUUUAGUGCAAAAGGGCGAGUUGGGCGAAAUAUGGAUCGACAGUCCUUGCUUGUCGGGAGGCUUUUAUGGCUUGCGGAAAGAAUCGAAGCUGAUUUUCCACGCCAAGUGCCGUGGUCCCAAUGGGUUGUUGGAAAUGGAUUUCUUGCGAACCGGCUUGUUGGGUUUUGUUUACAACGGGAAAGUCUACGUGUUGGGGUUGUAUGAGGACAGGAUCAGGCAAAGGGUCAGCUGGAUUGACCAGGCAAUGUUCAAAAAGAUGGGCAAACCUCUUGAAGGCUCAGGGUCGCGGUACCACUACUCUUCGCAUCUACUCGCAACGCUAGCCAGCGAAGUCAAGCAGCUUUACGAUUGCACAAUCUUUGACAUCUUUAUCGGCAACGAGUAUCUCCCGGUGGCCAUUGUUGAAGCCGAGGUCAUUCGCAGCCAGUUUGACGAGCCAAACGACGCGGAAAAUGCCACCAGCGGCCAGAAGUUGAAGAAUGGCGAAACCGACAACAUCAGCGGCGCCCCGCUCAACGAGCCGGUGUUGAACGCCAUUGCUCAGAAGUGUUUCGAUACCCUUUACAAGCGCCAUUUUUUGAGGCUCUAUUGUGUGUUGGUGCUGGACUGUGACACUUUGCCCAAGAUUAUGAGAAGUGGCGGACGAGAAAUUGCAAACAUGUUGUGCAAGAAGCGGUUCCUUGAAGGCACGUUGCGUGCCGACUUUGUCAAGUUUUUCGUCCGCAAAUCGAUAAGUUUGAUCCCACACGGGGAAGACGUUAUCGGUGGUAUAUGGUCGCCUUAUGUAUCUGAGCUCCGCAACAAGGCGCUUUGCAACUUUCCGGACCAAUACUCGACCAUAGACUACAGAGCCAAAUCGGUGGACGACAGAACAGGGAAGCUGUUGUCUGAUUUUGCCACCAUCCAGGACAUUAUGAAGCUCCGGGUAUCUAAAAUGGGCGACUCGGUUGCCUUCCACAGCGUGGACGUUAGUGGCAAAAGCAAGCCGCUCACUUGGAAAAAGUUUGAGCACAAGGUGUAUGCCGUUUGCCAGUACUUGAUGGAAAAGACCACUUUGAAACCCGGGCAGUACGUUAUUUUGAUGUAUUCGCUUUCGGAAGACUUUGUCGUUGCUUUGUACGCUUGUUUGAUCUGCGGUAUCAUACCAAUACCGAUGCUUCCGUUUGACUCAAACAGAAUCGGUGAGGAUUUCCCAGCUUUCAUUGGCGUGAUUCGCGACUUUGAUAUAUCCGAGAUUUUAGUCAACGACGAGGUUGAAAAAUUUUUGAAAAACGGACCGAUUGCGGACUCGUUGAAGAAGGUGACGCACAAGAAGGUCAAGUCGUUGAGAAUCAAAAACACCACAAAGCUCAACAAGGUUUCCAAUUUGAGUUCUUUGCAAUCAAAGAUCAACCAGAGCACUGGGCGACACACCGAUGAAAAAUCAACUGUUUUGAUCUGGCUCAACUUUACUUCGGACCACUACCGGAUAGGCGCAACUCUUAGCCACAAGGACAUCAUCGGCAUUUGCAAAGUGUUUAAGGAGACGUGCAACCUCAGCUCCAACUCGUCUCUUGUUGGCUGCGUGAGACACGCUUCAGGAAUCGGCUUUGUCCAGACCUGCUUGCUUGGAGUGUUUUUGGGAACCACCACUUACUUGAGCUCGCCGGUGACGUAUGCCGAGAACCCGUUGUCCUUUUUCUUGACGCUAGCCAGACACAAGGUCAAGGACGUUUUCGUGACUGAGCAAAUGCUAAAAUACGCCGCGAUCAAAUUUGCUCCGAAAGGCUUUAACUUGUCCUCGUUGAAGAAUAUGAUGAUCAGCACGGAAAACAGAGUCGAGGUGGACUUGUUGAGAAAGAUUGCCAAGGUUUUCCAGCAGACGAAAUUGAGUGCCGCGUCCAUGUCCACAGUGCACAGCCACUACUUCAACCCCAUGAUAUCAACCCGGUCUUAUAUGACCGUUGCGCCCGUGGACUUGUUCUUGGACCCUAUUGCGCUACGCCAAGGUUACGUGUCUGUGGUUAACCAGGCCGAGGUGCCCAAUGCUUUGCACAUUCAAGAUUCCGGCAUGGUUCCUGUUUGCACCGAAGUCGCGAUUGUCAAUCCUGAAACUCGCAAAAUAUGUAAAGAGGGCGAGUAUGGAGAGAUUUGGGUUUGCUCAGAAGCAAAUUUGUCGUCUUUUACAAACGGGCCCAAGGGCCCCGUGGACCAGUUCAGCCAAUUGCAGUUUAAUGGAAUCAUUGAGGACGGUAAUCCAGAGGUGACUUAUCUACGAACUGGCGACUUGGGGUUCUUGCACAACAUCUCCAUCACAAGAAACAGCCGCGAUACUGGCCAGCAAGAAGUUUCCUCGUUCCAGCCACUUUUUGUUCUUGGCAAGAUUGCCGACACAUUUGAAGUCAUGGGACUUCAUCAUUUCCCCAUAGACAUUGAGAACACGAUAGAGUAUUGCCACGCGGACAUUUACAAGAACGGUUCAUGUGUCUUUCGGUGCGCCGACUACACUGUCGUUGUCUGCGAGUCGAAGCGGACGCGCUAUUUUGCGUCGAUUGUGCCUUUAAUCAUCAACACUGUGCUCAGCAAGCACCACCUUGUGAUUGAUGUUGUUGCAUUUAUCAAAAAGGGAGAGUUUCCGAUAUCUCGAUUGGGGACAAAGCAAAGAGCUAGAAUUGUUGAUGCAUGGGUGCAAGGGGUCAUCCCCAUCAGUGCGUCCUACGGGGUCAAUUAUGGAGAGAACAGUAUGAUCAAGCUCAUCAAAGAGAUUGACAAGGCAUCCCUCGAUGAUCCAUUUAUCGGAAUCAAGAACCCUGCUCUUUCGUAUUAUGACGCAGAGGACUCAAACGUUUUCGACGGAGAUGGGAAUCUGGUUUUGAGGUUGAAUGAGGCCACGACUUCGUAG